AUGGCCGCCCUCGCCAGCUCGCUGAUCCGACAGCGCAGGGAAGUGAAGGACCCGCAGGCCAACCGGCAGAUCUCCAACAAGCGCAAACCCUGCCCCAAGAGCAACAAGUCCCUAUGUCAAAAACAGAUCCUUAUCCUCAUCUCCAAAGUGCGACUGUGUGGCAGUCGAGGGAGAAAACUGGAGAAGAGACCAGAGCCUCAGCUGAAAGGCAUCGUCACACGUCUGUACUGCCGGCAUGGAUUCUACCUCCAGAUGUUACCAGAUGGCACCAUGGACGGCACAAAGGACGAAAACAGCUCCUUUUUGCUGUUCAACUUGAUUCCUGUGGGUCUGAGGAUAGUCGCUAUCCAGAGCACGAAGACGGGCCUCUACGUUGCCAUGAACAGUGAGGGCUACCUCUACACUUCUGAACACUUCACGCCAGAGUGUAAAUUCAAAGAGUGUGUGUUUGAAAAUUACUACGUGACCUACUCGUCCAUCCUGUACCGGCAGACACAGUCGGGCCGAGCCUGGUACAUCGGCAUCAACCGCGAUGGCCAGGUCAUGAAGGGCAACCGUGUCAAAAAGACAAAAGGAGCUGCCCACUUCCUGCCGAAACUCAUUGAAGUGGCCAUGUACAGGGAGCCUUCAUUGCAUGACAUCGAGCAGAGCCCACCACGGAAAACAGCCAAAACUUCAGACUCUCCUGUUAACAAUGAUGACAAGAAUGACCCAUUGCCUCCUAAAACUAGCGCCUCCUAGCGACUGGAGGAGAUAAAACUAGAGCCUAUGCCACUUUACCAAGCGAAAUGGCAUGGGCAUGAAAAAAAAAUAGUCAAUGCAGUCCUAUUACUGAUGCCAUUACCCAUGAUGCAGGAGCUCAAUGAACCCUGCCUGAUGGACUCUUCUUCUCCUGUUACCGCCUUCCUAUUUGAACCUGGGAAUUUUUUUGAGCAAUAAGAACCCUGAGUUAUUCGGGAUGUAUGUUUUAAGAGAGAAAUGAGCUGUGACACCAUU